CAAAUAGGUACAUUUACAUAAUUAUCUUUCUAAAUAAUUUUUCAUUUCGUUAUUUACGCUCAUACUGCCAACAUCAACCAUGUCCUUUGGUUUGCGGAAUUAUUUUCCAUUUAUACGUUCAGAUAAAGUUACAUUUCAUAAUAUUUUUCAACCAAUUUACUUAAUGCUUUCUUUAUUGGGACUAUUUCCAUAUAGUGUAAAAUAUAAUUCAAAAAGUUAUAAAAUUAUAUACAGAUCACUGUAUUUAAAUGUAUUAUAUGUCAUAUUGCUUAUAUCAAUAAUUUCUGUAUUUGUUGUUUUGCAUGUUCAAUUUAUUCUUUCUUACACUGAUAUCAGCCCUUUUACUAGUACCGAAAUGACAUACUCUAAUUAUGUAUUAGAAUUGCUACUACUAUUUUGUGCUUGCAUUACCGCAUAUCUGUGUGCUUUUAAGAACAAAUAUAAAUAUGUCGAUAUCUUAAACAAGUUGACUACUUUUUGGUUCGAACUCCCAAGGAACGGUUAUUCUAUUAUGAGACAAUUAAACUUUCAUGUUUCUGUGUCUAUAACGGUUUUAUUCUUACUUCUUAUGUCUCUAUUUUUUUUAAAUUUUACACGAAGCGAAGGAUCUUGGAAACAAAUACUGGUCGUUUUCUCUUUCAUUAUACCGCAAAUUGCCCAAUUUGUGCAUAUAGUAUUCUAUUGUAUGUUAAUAUUUAUGGUUGGAGCAUUAUUGAGUAAUAUUGAAGAUAAUUGUAGAGACGUAGCAAAUGAAAAAAACCAUUUUACCUACUCAUCUGUAAAAAAUACAUCAUCGAGUUUAACUCUGAAGGAUAUAGAGUUAGUAUACGUUAAAGUAAUUCAAGUCAAACGGGAUAUUAAUGAAGCUUUUCAACCUUCUAUUCUAUUGACAUUGCUGCAGUGCUUUCAUGCUAUGGUUGGUGAAUCGUAUACUCUGUACUACGGUAUUAUUUCUCCAAGAUCACUUACAUUACACGAAUUAUUUAAUACUGUAGUUUGGAUUAGUUAUCAACUUACGAAAGUAUUUGCAUUUGCUUAUACAGGGAAUGUCUUGAAAGUUAAGGUAUUGAAAAUAGGCCAAACCCUUCAUAAGAUUCCAACUGACAGACAAGAUAUCAGGUUGAAUAUGGAAAUACAACAUUUUCUGUCAUUGAUUGCCCAUCAAGGCCCCGAAGUGACGGUGUACGGAUUUUUCUUUCUUGACGCUACCCUUUUUUUCAACGUACUAGCUUCUGCAACGAUGUAUUUAAUAGUUUUGGUACAGCUUACCGGGUCUGAUGAUUAACUUGAAGGACCUUGAAUCAAAGAAACAAUAUAUGCUUGUCUAUAUAAUAUUAUUGCAAAUAUUGAAUUCCUUUUAUUUUUUAUAUAAAUUGUGUUAAAAUAUAUGUUUUUAUUAUUUAUAGCGGUAAUAUAAAAAUGCAAUAAGGAAAUUAAAAUAUAUAAUUGUC